AGAAAAUCAAAGUGAUCCAGAUGAAAUCUUUUACAGAUCACCAAAUCCAGAUUCCAGCCGCUCAGAAGUGAUCAGAUAAGACUGCAGGAGGAGACGAUGGAUUACAGACUCGACCGCGUCAUCCAGACUCAUCUUCUCAGGCGGCACAGGUCCUUGCGGUACAAAGGCCCGGGGCCACAUGUGGCUCCUCGAGGCACACCCUCAGUCAGGAAUCCAGGUGCUCCUUCACACGCUGAUCAAAUGCUGUUAAACAGGCUAAAAGGUUUCUACUGGCACAGGUUUAAGUCAUUGUCAAACCCCUAACGAGUUUUUAAUUGUGUGCCGUUUGAUUUUCUUCUCGACUGCGUUUAUUUUUACAGCGGAACCAAAAUCUAAAAAUCAGUUUAAACCAAACCAACUCUUCAUUUUUCUGUAGAUUAAUAAACCUGAAAAAUUAGAGCGACACAAUUAAAAAGCAGUACAAGCAACUGUAUUUAAAUGCAUCAUGAUUAAAAUGCACCAGAGACUGUACCUAUCAUGAAUAAGUGAUAGGUACAAAUAUACACACGUGGACAAAAUUGUUGGUACCCCUCAGUUAAAGAAGGAAAAACCCACAAUUCUCACUGAAAUCACUUGAAACCUACAAAAGUAACAAUAAAUAAAAAUUUAUUGAAAAUUAAAUAAUCAAAAUCAGCCAUUACGUUUGAAAUGUUGAUUAACAUAAUUAUUUAAAAAAAACAAACUAAUGAAAUAGGGCUGGACAAAAAUGAUGGUACCUCUAUAAAAGAUUGAAAACUAUUUGACCAGAGUGACAUGAUUAACUCAGGUGUGUCCUUUAAUUGACAUCACAGGUGUUUCCAAACUCAUAAUCAGUCAGUCUGCCUAUUUAAAGGGAGACAAGUAGUCACUCUGCUGUUUGGUGAAAAGGUGUGUACCACACUGAACAUGGACAACAGAAAGCGAAGGAGAGAAUUGUCCCAGGACAUCCGAAAAAAAAUUAUAGACAAACAUCUUAAAGGUGCAGGCUAUAAGACCAUCUCUAAACAGCUUGAAGUUCCUGUGACAACAGUGGCUCAUAUUAUUCAGAAGUUCAAGACCCACGGGACAGUAGCCAACCUCCCUGGACGUGGCCGCAAGAGGAAAAUUGAUGACAGAUUGAAGAGACAGAUCGUUCGAAUUGUAUCCAAAGAGCCCAGGACAACCUCCAAAGAAAUUAAAGGUGAACUCCAAGGCCAAGGUACAUCAGUGUCAGAUCGCACCAUUUGUCGUUGUUUGAGCCAAAGUGGACUUCAUGGGAGACGACCAAGGAGGACACCACUGCUGAAAAAAAAUCAUAAAAAAGCGAGACUGGAAUUUGCAAAAAUGCAUGUUGACAAGCCACAAAGCUUCUGGGAGAAUGUCCUUUGGACAGAUGAGACCAAACUGGAGCUUUUUGGUAAGGCACAUCAACUCUAUGUUCAUAGACUCAAAAACCAAGCAUACGAAGAAAAGAACACUGUCCCUACGGUGAAACAUGGAGGAGGCUCAGCAAUGUUUUGGGGCUGCUUUGCUGCAUCUUAGUGUCAGAAAGCUUGGUCUCAGUCGCAGGUCAUGGGUCUUCCAACAGGACAACGAUCCAAAACACACAGCCAAAAACACCCAAGAAUGGCUGAGAGAGAAGCGUUGGACUAUUCUAAAGUGGCCUUCCAUGAGCCCAGAUCUGAAUCCCAUUGAACAUCUGUGGAAGGAGCUGAAACAUGCCAUUUGGAGAAGACACCCAUCAAACCUGAGACAACUGGAGCAGUUUGCUCAUGAGGAGUGGGCCAAAAUACCUGUUGACAGCUGCAGAACGCUCAUUGACAAAUACAGAAAUCGUUUAAUUGCAGUGAUUGCCUCAAAAGGUUGUGCAACAAAAUAUUAAGUUAUGGGUACCAUCAUUUUUGUCCAGCCCUAUUUCAUUAGUUUGUUUUUUUAAAAUAAUUAUGUUAAUCAACAAUUCAAAAGUAAUGGCUGAUUUUGAUUAUUUAAUUUUCAAUAAAUUUUUAUUUAUUGUUACUUUUGUAGGUUUCAAGUGAUUUCAGUGAGAAUUGUGGGUUUUUCCUUCUUUAACUGAGGGGUACCAACAAUUUUGUCCACGUGUGUACAUCAGUGGUACCCAAAUACAUCACAAGCAGAGUACAAAGAAAAAAACAAAUGUAUCACACCUGUAAUUAAAAUGCACCUGUUAGAAAGAAGCUAAUGCACCCCAAAUUAAUCUGAGCGGACAAUAAAUGCACUUCACUGUGAUGAACAAGCUAACAGUCAUAUUCGAUAACAGCCUCAGAAGAAAGACGAGAAUGUACCAUGAACCCAUAAAAACCAUGAACACGUUAUCUACGAUGAAGAAACAAACUGCUGUUAAAAUGCAUCGGACUAAAUACAGGUGUAAGUAAAAACAGCACUGUUAAAAUACGCCCUCAUCUGUAACAAGGUAAAGGAAACGCACCACAAACUAAAAAUAAACAAAUGCUUUAAACUGCACCACACCUAACAUAUGAGUCAAUCAUCUGUGGUGUUUGUGUUGGCUGUUCCUUUUACCUGAAACGAACUUCAGAGAAGUCAGACUCUCAGAGACUCUGUCAACUGUCUGCAGAUGUUUCCUCUAAAUCACCGCGGGACUCAACGGUCAAUGGUGUGGGCGUGUCAUGUUUGGAUUGGGAUCAUUUACCUGAUGUUUCUCCUGAUAAUGAUUGGCUGUGAAUUUGUCUUAGAUAUAACCGGUAACUGUCUGGGCCAGGACACACUUGGAAAAGAGGCUUUAAAACGCAGCGUUGUUUUUUCCUGGUGCAAUAAGAAAUGUAUACAUCACUGUUAAAACGCACCAACCCAAAUAUUUAAAGUAAUCGCAACAGUGUUAAAAUGCACCCUAUUUACAACAUGCUUAGGUAAAGAAAUAAAAUAUACGACUUUAAAACAUGCGUUAGCAAUAAUGUCACUGUUGAAACGCACCAUUUACGCUGAUGCACCAUUUAUGUUAAAAUGCACCAACCAAAAUACACAGAUUUGUAAUCAGAACAGUGUUUAAAUGCGCCAGUGAUGAAAUAAACAGCCAACACGCCUCAAAGUAAAAUACAAGUUUUUGUUAAAAUGCACCAGUUAAUACAUGGCUGUUUAAUGCACUGAACUAAAAACAUGAUUUGAGCAAAUACAUCACUGUUGAAAUGCACCAACCUUAAUGUAAAAGGUAAUCGCAACAGUAUUAAAAUGCACCCUAUUUACAACAUGCUUGAGCAAACCAAAUGAAAGACAUCGACUUAAUUACAUGUGGAAGCAAAAAUGUCACAAAAAUUAAACGCACCAUUUACGCUGAUGCACCAUUACUGGUAAAAUUCGCCAAGUACACAAACUAGUAAUCAGAACAGUGUUGAAAUGCACUAAACUAGAUACAUGACGAAAUAAACGGCUAACAUGACUCAAACGUAAUUCAUGUGUUGGUAAAUAUGUCUUUGUUAAAAUGCACCAGUUAAUGCAUUGCUGUUAAAUGCACCAAACUAAAAACAUAAUUUGAGGAAAUACAUCACUUUUAAAAUGCACCAACUUUACUGCAUGAGUAUAGUUCUGAUAAAAGUUGACAAAGAAGUUAACAAAUGCACCAAAGAACUUAAAAACGCACCCUACGUAUUAUUACACGCUUGAGUCAAAGCGUAAAAAUGCAAGAAUACAUGAUUAAUAACUGUAACUGCGUUCAAAGUGAAUCGUUAACUCAAUAAAUCAAGAAAACAAAUCAAAUGCAACGCGCUAAUGCUGCAUAAGUAAACGCAUCACUGCUAAAAUGCACCACAAAAAAAAGUUAUGAUACUUUAUUCCAACAGUUUUAAAGGCAUCAAAGUUAAUAAGUCAGUAAAAUACGGUAAAUGUGCACCGUGAUGAAAACAUACAGAAGUACACGAAGUCAAAGGGUGCAGCAUGCACCAAAAAAUGCACUGAGGUAUGUCGUCACAGCUAAAAUGCACCAGACUUAAAUGAGUGAAGUCAUCUCUGUUUAAAAGAGCUGGAGUAAAUAGACGUCUGAGAUAACACGUCAGAGCGUUUCAGAGAAGGAGAGUGUCGGUAAAUGACAGGAACAGAGGUCAGAGGUCAGGACAGUAUUACUCACCUGAGUCCACACAGCAGGAUUUUACUGUCAGAUAUUUGCUGUUGGGUUUUAUGAGGAUAGUUCAGGUGUGAUGAUUCUGGAACACACCUGCUUCAUUAUCAAACAGGAUGAGAGGAUGAAAAUUACAGGUCAGCCUCAGCCAAUCAGCUGAUGAUACACCUGCAGAUGAACAUGUUUUACUGUCUUAACUCCUGCUGACCUCCCUGUGUGUGUGUGUAGGUGUGUGUGAGCAAACAGUGUGUCCAUGAAGACAAAAGGGGACCUGUCACCUGUUGAGUAAUCCUUCAUGGUCUUUUUAAUUCAUCAGACAGACGGACUCUGAUCCUGGGAGCAGCUGAUUGGUCACCAUCAGGCUGAAGAAGGAGGAGGAACAGGAAGAACCUGUUUUUUCCCUGGAUGGUUCAGGUACCUGAACGCCUCCUGAGAGUCACAGUCAGCGGGACGGCUGUCAGGGACGGGAUCACUGCCAGAGUGGGUGAGUACAGCUCUCUAUUUUAAUAUUUCAUGUUGAUAUUUUCAGUGAUUUUUCUUCGAUAGAGAGGAGAUGAUUCUGGUUGUCGGGAGUCGAUGAUCGAGAAAACUUUGAUAAACUUUAACAGCCUCUUAUAAAUACACAGAGCUGCAGAAAACACAACUGGAACAUCUCCACCAACUUCUCUUCAUAGUCAUUAAAAAAAUUAAACAGUUUAAUUAAUUAAACAGAAAAUCAGCAGAUUCAAAUCAGGACAGAGAGAAAAUCUGCAGGCAGGAAAAACAACAAAAACCACCGAAAGUGAAAUAGACAAGAUAUGAAUGUGAGAAAACUGGCAUUACUGCUGAGUGUGUGUGUGUGUGUGUGUGUGCGUGCGUGUGUGUGUGUGUGUGUGUGUGUGUGUGUGUGUGUUUGUGUGUGUCCUUAAUUGCUUUGUGUUUUUCUUUCACAGGUUGAACAAACAUGUUAAACAGACGAUAUUUUUUCAGUCCAAGUAAGUUCAUGUGUGUGUGAGUGUGUGUGUGUGUGUGUGUGUGUGUGUGAGUGUUGGUAAGGAGAGAAGGAGAGAGGAGACAGAAGAGAAAGAGAGAAAGGGGGGAGGAGACAGGAGAGAAGGAGAGAGGAGAGAAGGAGACAGGAGACAGGAGACAGGAGAUAAGGAGACAGGAGAGAAGGAGAGAAGGGGGGGAGGAGACAGGAGAGAGGGAGAGAGGAGAGAAGGAGAGAGGAGGGAAGGAGAGAAGAGAGAGGAGAAAAGGAGAGAGGAGAGAAGAGAGAGGAGAAAAGGAGAGAGGAGACAGGAGAGAAGGAGAGAGGAGAGAAGGAAAGAGGAGAGAAGGAGAGAGGAGACAGAAGAGAAGGAGAGAAGGGGGGGGAGGAGACAGGAGAGAAGGAGAGAGGAGAGAAGGAAAGAGGAGAGAAGGAGACAGGAGAUAAGGAGACAGGAGAGAAGAGAGAGGAGAAAAGGAGAGGGUAGACAGGAGAGAAGGAGACAGGAGAGAGGAGAUAAGGAGAUAGAAGAGAGAGGAGAGAAGGAGACAGAAGAGGAGGAGACAGGAGAGAAGGAGAAAAGGAGAGAAGGGCGCAGGAGAGAGGAGAUAAGGAGACAGGAGAGAAGGAGAGAAGGGGGGGAGGAGACAGGAGAGAGGGAGAGAGGAGAGAAGGAGAGAGGAGGGAAGGAGAGAAGAGAGAGGAGAAAAGGAGAGAGGAGAGAAGAGAGAGGAGAAAAGGAGAGAGGAGACAGGAGAGAAGGAGAGAGGAGAGAAGGAAAGAGGAGAGAAGGAGAGAGGAGACAGAAGAGAAGGAGAGAAGGGGGGGGAGGAGACAGGAGAGAAGGAGAGAGGAGAGAAGGAAAGAGGAGAGAAGGAGACAGGAGAUAAGGAGACAGGAGAGAAGAGAGAGGAGAAAAGGAGAGGGGAGACAGGAGAGAAGGAGACAGGAGAGAGGAGAUAAGGAGAUAGAAGAGAGAGGAGAGAAGGAGACAGAAGAGGAGGAGACAGGAGAGAAGGAGAAAAGGAGAGAAGGGUGCAGGAGAGAGGAGAUAAGGAGACAGGAGAGAAGGAGAUAGAAGAGAGAGGAGAGAAGGAGAAAAGGAGAGAAGGAAACAGGAGACAGUAAGGAAGGAGAGAAUGAGAGUAGGAGAGAAGGGGAGAAGGAGAGAAAGGAUAGAAGAGAGGGAGAGAGGAGAUAAGGAGACAGGAGAGAAGGAGAUAGAAGAGAGAGGAGAGAAGGAGAAAAGGAGAGAAGGAAACAGGAGACAGUAAGGAAGGAGAGAAUGAGAGUAGGAGAGAAGGGGAGAAGGAGAGAAAGGAUAGAAGAGAGGGAGAGAGGAGAUAAGGAGACAGGAGAGAAGGAGAUAGAAGAGAGAGGAGAGAAGGAGACAGGAGAGAAGGGGGAAAGAGAGAAGGAGGUUUAAGUCCCUUUAUUUCCCAUGAUUCUUCAGUGUCAGGGUCGGAGAUUAGAUAUAAAUAUAUAAUUAUUGAUGAGGUCAUCUCUGUUGUACACACACACACACACACACACACACACACACACACACACACACACACACGCUUUGUGCUUUAAUCUGGAGUGUGUGUGAAUCCACUUCUCUUCUUGUGUCUCCUUGUGUGUCUCCUUGUCUCUCCUUGUCUCUCAUUGUCUCUCAUUGUGUCUCUCCUUGUCUCUCAUUGUGUGUCUCCUUGUCUCUCCUUGUCUCUCAUUGUGUGUCUCCUUGUGUCUCUUGCAGGGUUUCUCCUGUCUCUGCUGGUCUUGGUCCCUGCAGGAUUGGGUCUUGCACACCUCCUGCUGAAGCUGGCUGUCUCAUCUGGAGGUACAGAAACAGCUGAAGGGUUUUUAAACACCUGAUCUAAAAAUCGGAUUAGCUCGUCGUUCCGACUCGUUAAAAUUCCUCCUCUGAGCUGAAGUUGGACUCAGUUCACCUCUCUGAAUAUCGUUUCCAGAUCGCUCACACGUGUCUCUGUUUCUUUCUGGAACAUUCAGUCCAAACUGAGAGCGAAAACACGAGAAAUGAUAAUGGAGGAGAGUUCAGUAGAAAUGUGUCACGGCAGCUAACCCCCAAUUUUCACUGUUCGCCAAUUUCCACCAGACCCAUUUGUGAGGCGAACGGUGGAAAUUGACACAUUAACUUGGAUGGUCACGAUCUUUUCGUAGACGUUCAGGAUGAAGGUGGAAAUUGGGGGUAAACCUUGAGAUGUUGUUUGAAACUGAGGAUUCAGCAUCUAUGAUUUCCAGUUCUUCGUGUUCGAUUUUGAUUUUGAUCCUCAGAGGAACAGAAAGAAGUCGGUGUAAAUUGGUUGGUGCUCCUUUAGUCUGAAACCAUGUCUUGACCUUCUGCAGAUGUAGGUCCACAUAUAAGACCUGGAACUUUAGUCUCACAGUGACUCAGAACCUCUUUUUGUAUUUCAGGUUCCUUAUACGAGGACUCUGGCACGCCCAAAGGGUUCAUUAAGAACCCCGCCAAACGCCAAGGUCAGUGUCCAACUCACCCUGAAAACGAUGAACGAGUGAUCAAAAGGAGGUGUGGCUCAUUCAUGAUGUGUUUCCUCUCCAGCUGAGUCAUGUCCACAGAAGACGUGUCCUGAUGAUUACUUCAGUUUUUACAUGCAGACUGGAGCCGCUAACGUCGUGCCUCCGAAGAUCUGCGUCCAGAACCAUCUGUAGGUGUCUCCUCUAAACGAAACUCUGUCCCAGGAGAUCGGGUUUCAUUUUGGAUGAGUGUGUAUGUGGUUUCUGAUACCUCUGCAGCCUUCCCCCAUGUGGGCACUAAAGGAACUGCAGAUAUGCAGGGCUUGACACAAACUUUGUUCACAUGUUCUCCUAAGUUGAAAAAGUAACACAAAGAACUUUAGGGAUCAAUGAAAACUGAUCAAUAAUGUUUGUCUUAUUGAUCGACCUUAGUGCUAUUAUUAGAAAUCAAUUUUAGUUCUUUUGGUCACAUGACAGUGAAGCUAUUGAAGGAAAACAGCCUUUUCUGAGAACAUCAACCGGUAACUUAUUGACGGUCCCUUAUUCAACACCGACGUUGACAGUGAGGGUGUCGAGUAGAUUUAACCGCGCUGCUGUUGUUAUUCCCGGUUAUGGAGAGUGAGAAGACACCGGUAGAUCCUCAGAGAAUGUCCGUCAGAUAUCCAACCUGAAACUAACUUCACCGCCGUAUUUACAGGAAAAUAUAUCCAACCUGAAACUAACUUCACCGCUGUAUUUACAGGAAAAUAUAUCCAACCUGAAACUAACUUCACCGCCGUAUUUACAGGAAAAUAUAUCCAACCUAAAACUAACUUCACCGCCGUAUUUACAGGAAAAUAUGUCCAACCUGAAACUAACUUCACCGCCGUAUUUACAGGAAAAUAUAUCCAACCUAAAACUAACUUCACCGCCGUAUUUAGAGGAAAAUAUAUCCAACCUGAAACUAACUUCACCGCCGUAUUUACAGGGAAAUAUAUCCAACCUGAAACUAACUUCACCGCCGUAUUUACAGGAAAAUAUAUCCAACCUGAAACUAACUUCACCGCCGUAUUUACAGGGAAAUAUAUCCAACCUGAAACUAACUUCACCGCCGUAUUUACAGGAAAAUAUAUCCAACCUAAAACUAACUUCACCGCCGUAUUUACAGGAAAAUAUAUCCAACCUGAAACUAACUUCACCGCCGUAUUUACAGGAAAAUAUAUCCAACCUGAAACUAACUUCACCGCCGUAUUUACAGGAAAAUAUAUCCAACCUGAAACUAACUUCACCGCCGUAUUUACAGGAAAAUAUAUCCAACCUGAAACUAACUUCACCGCCGUAUUUACAGGAAAAUAUAUCCAACCUAAAACUAACUUCACCGCCGUAUUUACAGGAAAAUAUAUCCAACCUGAAACUAACUUCACCGCCGUAUUUACAGGAAAAUAUAUCCAACCUGAAACUAACUUCACCGCCGUAUUUACAGGAAAAAUAUAUCCAACCUGAAACUAACUUCACCGCCGUAUUUACAGGAAAAUAUAUCCAACCUAAAACUAACUUCACCGCCAUAUUUACAGGAAAAUAUAUCCAACCUGAAACUAACUUCACCGCCGUAUUUACAGGAAAAUAUAUCCAACCUGAAACUAACUUCACCGCAUUUACAGGAAAAUAUAUCCAACCUGAAACUAACUUCACCGCCGUAUUUACAGGAAAAUAUAUCCAACCUGAAACUAACUUCACCGCCGUAUUUACAGGAAAAUAUAUCCAACCUAAAACUAACUUCACCGCCGUAUUUACAGGAGAAUAUAUCCAACCUGAAACUAACUUCACCGCCGUAUUUACAGGAAAAUAUAUCCAACCUGAAACUAACUUCACCGCCGUAUUUACAGGAGAAUAUAUCCAACCUAAAACUAACUUCACCGCCAUAUUGACAAGAAAAUAUAUCCAACCUGAAACUAACUUCACCGCCGUAUUUACAGGAAAAUAUAUCCAACCUGAAACUAACUUCACCGCAUUUACAGGAAAAUAUAUCCAACCUGAAACUAACUUCACCGCCGUAUUUACAGGAAAAUAUAUCCAACCUAAAACUAACUUCACCGCCGUAUUUACGGGAAAAUAUAUCCAACCUGAAACUAACUUCACCGCCGUAUUUACAGGAAAAAAACAUUUGAUGAUUUUUUGUAUGCGCACAUGUGACCCUAAAUACAUUUUACGAUUCGCACACGUCUUUUUUUAGUCGUAAAUGAGAGUGAAACGGUCUCACUGUCGAGACCUGUUUUUCUGGCACUUUGUGGAAACACACUGAAAACCACCCAAACAGCAUUCCCCUGCUGUUCCAGGUGUGGUGGGUCUGUCCUGUCACCACCCUCAAAUUUGCAUCGUUCCGAUCUCAAUGUUUGUUUCCUCAUUCUCCACAUUUCUGCAGCACGCCCGCUCUCCCUGCAGCGCUCUUCUCUUCUCCUGGUGUUUCUCAUCUGCUGCUCUUGUUGUGUUAAAGUCUGUUUCGACUUUGUGGGUCUGCAGGUCUUUUCUAAGUUUGCAGCAGAGAGUGGUCUAGACCUCACUGCUCUCUGUUUACAUGCAUACUAUGUCACUAUACAUGCUUGUAUAUUAUCUCUUUAUUUUUACUUAUUUUAUCUAUUGUUUAUCUCCUCCUUCUACUCUAUCUGCACAGGGGUACUGUGACAAAAAGCAAUUUCCCCGGGGGGAUUAUUAAAGUAUUUCUGAUUCUGAUGCUCCUCAUGUAGAGCGUCCCCAGAUACACUCCUGAUCAAAAUCUUAAUUUUUGAACUGGUCUUAAGACUUCGAUCAGGAGUGUAUUUCGGUUUGGACUGAGCAGAAAGCAAGAUUCAGGACCUGUAGAAGUCCCAAACCUGCUGGACCUGACUCAGGGCAUCAUUGCAAAGAUUUAGACGUCUUAGUUGAGCCCCUCUUCUUGAUCCUGUCCCGUCGUUCCCCUCCCUCCCUGGUCCUCAGCUCCCUUUGGGUUUAUUGGUCCAGCUGAUCUUAAACUUGUCCACACUGUCUCCAGGGUCCUGGGUUUCAAACUGCUGAACGCUGGAGUGGGGAUCAACAUUAUAGUCCUGAACGGUGAGAGUGAAACUGAUCAAACAUCUCAUUGGCUCACCUGUGCUUCGUUUAUUGACCCUCUGUCUUCUUCUUAACAGGUGUGACCGGAGAGGUGUCUCAGACGGGUCAAUUCAACAUGUACAACGGUGGUACGUACCGCAGCUGCUGAUGGUCUCUCUGUCAUGUGGUCCUGUGUGGAUCAGAAACCAAGAACAAUGUCCGAUUCUUGUCUUGCAGCUGUGAAACCUCUCAUCGAGUUUCUGGAGAACAUUAAAAACGGUUCGAUUGUGCUGAUGGCGUCCUACGAUGACCCCGCCACCCAGUAAACACCUCCUCUGUCUCCUUUUCCUCAGGCUGUCCGUCAGACUGUUGGACUCAUUUUGACUAAAACCCUGAACAUGUAUAAUAAUAAUAACAGGAGACGGGGACUAACUAAUAUCUAUUGACUGAUAUUAAAAGAGUUUUUGUUUGUACACCAUAAAAAAUCUGAUUCCUGCCUACCUCACCUUUAACUCUUCUCAACCCUCUUGAUCUUCUCUGGAUCCAUAAAUUCAAGUGUUUUUUUUAACUCAGUAACUUUCUUUGUGAUAACAUGUUUAUUCAGAUCAAAUCCAGAGUCCACCUCUCUGCCUUUGCGUCAUCUUCACUUCCUGUUCAUACAGAUUAGACGACACAGCGAGGAAGCUGAUCGCUGACCUGGGGAGUUCCUCUGUGCAGUCUCUGGGCUUCAGGGACAGUUGGGGGUUUGUCGGAGCGAAAGGAGCAGUGAAGAAGAGCAACUUUGAGAAGGUAUCUAUCAGCUGUUUAUGCUUCUGCAUCAAAUCGAUCCAAAACAUCCAAACUUCAGUUUGUUCAGUUGAACCCUUUCAGUUCAGACGUUGGUGAAGCGGAGAACAAAGUCAAGUCAUCGGUGUAUAAAACCGCACUUGUGUUCAGAAUAAACUGUGGUCAAUCGUGAAAAUAAUUAGAGGAGAAGAGGCCCUAAAUACCUCCCCUGGGUAACACCACAAGAACUCUGUCUGCUGCUGUCAUAAAAACAAACACUCCUCAUAGGAACUCUCCGUCCAGGUGACAUUUGGACACUCUCAGUGUGUCUCUCACCAAAUCCACAAGUGUUAUCAUCCAAUGAAAUCUCAGACAUGAGCGUGAUCGGACAGAGACAGAUGUGGUUCAACAUUUUCAAGGUUUCUUCUUUUCUUCAUGAGGACUGGUCUGCCAAGAGAGUCCUUCUGAUGAUUCUGUUUGUAGAUUUAAGUUUUUAACACCCACUCUUUCUGAUCGUGGUCAAGAUUUUUUUGUUUGGACUGAUUUAGUAUCAUCUCUCUCUCUCUCCCUCCCUCUCUCUCUUUCUCUCUACCCCCCUCUCUCUCCUUCAGCACUUGAAGAACGACGGAAAUACUAAUAUGUACGACAGCUGGCCGGAGGUCAUCAGUUUGGAAGGAUGCCUCCCAAAGUUUCUGGAGGGACCUGCUGGUUCAUCCUAAAGGACUAUUUCACAUUUUUAUCAAACAUCAGGAACAUGAAACAGGGUGAGGGUCAUCAUGAAACAGGGUGAGGGUCAUCAUGAAGCUGGGUGAGGGUCAUCAUGAAGCUGGGUGAGGGUCAUCAUGAAACAGGGUGAGGGUCAUCAUGAAGCUGGGUGAGGGUCAUCAUGAAACAGGGUGAGGGUCAUCAUGAAGCUGGGUGAGGGUCAUCAUGAAGCUGGAUGAGGGUCAUCAUGAAACAGGGUGAGGGUCAACAUGAAGCUGGGUGAGGGUCAUCAUGAAACAGGGUGAGGGUCAUCAUGAAGCUGGGUGGGGGUCAUCAUGAAGCUGGGUGAGGGUCAUCAUGAAACAGGGUGAGGGUCAUCAUGAAGCUGGGUGAGGGUCAUCAUGAAGCUGGGUGAGGGUCAACAUGAAGCUUGGUGAGGGUCAUCAUGAAGCUGGGUGAGGGUCAACAUGAAGCUGGGUGAGGGUCAUCAUGAAGCUGGAUGAGGGUCAUCAUGAAACAGGGUGAGGGUCAUCAUGAAGCUGGGUGACGGUCAUCAUGAAGCUGGGUGAGGGUCAUCAUGAAGCUGGGUGAGGGUCAUCAUGAAGCUGGGUGAGGGUCAUCAUGAAGCUGGAUGAGGGUCAUCAUGAAGCUGGAUGAGGGUCAUCAUGAAGCUGGAUGAGGGUCAUCAUGAAGCUGGAUGAGGGUCAUCAUGAAGCUGGAUGAGGGUCAUCAUGACGCUGGGACCAGACAGUGUUUGUAGUGGGUAACUCCAGAGAAAUCUCCCUGUCCUUCUGUUCCUCAGGUGAAGGUUGAUGCAGCCUGGAAACUGAAGCUUCUGUUACUGUAGUUGGGAUAAAAAGAAAAGACUGUGAGAAUGUCUCAGCGCGCUUUCCUCUUUUUAAUCUAGAGGUCAUUUUUUUCAGGUUGAGGGAUGAUUUCAUCCUGCGGGACAGCUUUGGAUCCUUGACCGCAGUCUAAGAAGGACUCUGCUGGAAAACAUGAGAGUCAAAGGAUCAAACUUUUCUGCAGGAGAUGAGAAACACACAUUUCUUUGAGGCAAUAUUAGGACUAGAUGUUGGGGGCUGUCUCUAAACCAUCUAUUAGGAAUUAAAGGUGUAUUCAACAGUUUAUUUUACUUGAAUAAAGAUUAAAGGUGGCUGCUGUAAUUCUCUCUCAAAGUCAAAGAAAUGCUUUAACGUGUGAACAUGCCCACUCUCAGGUGAUUCAGUCACACAGCAUGCAGGUAAAGGGAGAUGAUGAUACUCUCUUCAAUCGUGUAUUUACUCAUUGUUAUGG